AUGAGCAACCAAAACAAUGACCUUCCCCAGUUCCGGGGCUAUGAUCGACACCAAGAUUUACACCCCAACAAGCGUCCGGAGAGGAUCGAGUGCGUUGGAUGCGGCUCUGACGAGCACAGCUUCAGUAGCUGCUUGAAGGUCGGUGAUGAUGUGAUGAUGAGGGGUUGCCCGCGCUGCAACAACCUCAGCCACAACGCCAGCAACUGUCGAGCCGUCAAGACAGACAAGGAGAGGUUCAUUUGGUUCGUCAACAGGCGAGGCGGUAUGCCAAGCUUCUUAGAUUUCGACACGUGGUUCCGUCUUGCGUCUGCCGAGGGCAGCCUCACAGUUCAUGACCGCUCUCCGUGGACCGCUGAGUUCGCAAAGUUCGUUGCUGAUGACAUCGAGCAACUUCAGGAUGAUCUAGACUCCCUCACUCUUGGGGUCGAUUUCAAACUCCCGGAGGAUCGAAAGCUUUUGGGAUGGCGUGCUGUUGAGAUGUACCGUCAGCGACGUGCGAGAGAAGAGAACGUCAUCCUUGACGGCGUCGUCACGAACAAGAAGAGGGCUGCGAUGAUUGUAGCUGGUGACUCUUACCCAGCUGGAGAAUCCCAGAACGCUCCAGAUGCCUCGCCAGACACUAUCACCAUUUCCAGACACUAA